CGGCCGAAGCCUCUCCAGCCUCCGCCACCGCGAUCCACGACCAGUGGCGAGGCGGCCGCCGGCACAAAGCGAAGAGGCUGCAGCUGUGGAUCAGCUGCUGCUGCUGCUGCUGCCGCCGCUGCCGCUACGAGGCGGGGGAGGAGUUUAAAGGGGAUCAGGAAGCGGCGGAGUGCCCGACCGACACCUCUUCCCUGCUAUGGCUGGCUGGAGACAAAAAUCAUCAUAACCAUAACCAGGGGAGGGGGAGGCGGGGAGAAGGCCGAGGGAGGAAGCGGGCGAGCGGGGGGAGCAGCGACAGCGGCCGCGGCAUGAGCAGGCGAGCUGGCCCGAGGGGCGACAUGAGGUCAGUCGUGGGUUUCUUGUCCCAGCGGGGCUUGCACGGAGACCCGCUGCUCACCCAGGAUUUCCAGAGGAGGCGCCUGCGGGGCUGCAGAAACCUCUACAAGAAGGACCUCCUGGGCCACUUCGGCUGUGUCAAUGCCAUUGAGUUCUCCAACAAUGGAGGCCAGUGGCUGGUCUCAGGUGGAGAUGAUCGGAGAGUUCUGCUUUGGCAUAUGGAACGUGCAAUCACCUCCAGAGUAAAGCCAGUUCAGCUGAAAGGAGAACAUCAUUCUAACAUCUUCUGUCUAGCUUUCAAUAGUGGCAACACCAGGGUGUUCUCUGGAGGUAAUGAUGAACAGGUUCUGCUCCAUGAUGUUGAAAGUGGUGAAACUUUGGAUGUGUUUGCCCAUGAAGAUGCAGUCUAUGGCCUGUCUGUGAGUCCAGUGAAUGAUAAUGUUUUUGCAAGCUCAUCAGAUGAUGGAAGGGUUCUCAUCUGGGAUAUCCGGGAGUCUUCCAAUGGAGAUCCCUUCUGUUUGGCAAAUUAUCCAUCAGCCUUUCAUAGUGUGAUGUUCAAUCCAGUAGAGCCAAGAUUACUAGCCACUGCCAACUCUAAAGAAGGUGUAGGACUCUGGGAUAUUCGAAAGCCUCAAAGUUCUCUGCUGCGGUAUGGUGGGAAUCUGUCACUUCAAAGUGCCAUGAGUGUACGGUUCAACAGCAAUGGAACACAACUGCUUGCCCUCAGACGUCGGUUGCCUCCAGUCCUGUAUGACAUCCAUUCCCGUCUGCCUGUCUUCCAGUUUGACAACCAGGGUUACUUUAAUUCAUGCACCAUGAAAAGCUGCUGUUUUGCAGGGGAUCGUGAUCAGCAAUGCAGAUACAUUUGUAUGAAAUGCCUUAAAUUGUGUGUGGAUGACUUUUUUAUUAUUACUUUUCAGAUCUGGAGUCCAUACAGGCAACCUGGAUGCACAGGAGAUCUGGAUGGUAAAAUUGAGGAUGAUUCACGUUGCCUCUACACUCACGAAGAGUACAUUAGUCUUGUACUGAACAGUGGCAGUGGCUUAUCCCAUGAUUAUGCCAAUCAGUCAGUCCAAGAGGAUCCACGAAUGAUGGCCUUUUUUGACUCCUUGGUCCGACGGGAGAUCGAGGGCUGGAGUUCUGACUCAGAUAGUGACCUCAGUGAAAGCACGAUCCUGCAGCUUCAUGCUGGAGUCAGUGAACGCUCGGGCUACAGUGAAUCAGAGUCCUCCACUUCCUUGCGCCAAUCCCCACCUCACAUGGCAGAAGAAUCUGAUGAAGCAGCAUAUAACUUGGGAACCUUGAGAUCUACAGAAUCUCCUCCAGCCAGAGAGGAUGUGGUUACUCGUCGGCAACGGUUGUCUGCGCUUAGGAGGUAUCAAGAUAAACGUCUCCUGGCACUUUCUAAUGAGUCUGAUUCUGAUGAAAACACGUGUGAGACAGAGCUGGAUGCUGAUCUUUUUCCACGGCCCAGAUCCCCUAGCCCGGAAGAGAAUGACUCUAGCAGCUCCAGCAGCAGCAGUAGCAGCUCAGAAGAUGAUGAGGAGCUGAAUAAACGCCGUGCCUCAACCCGGCAACGCAAUGCAAUGAGGCGCAGAUCCAAACUACAAAAGGAAGAAAGGACUAGUGCAAAUUCAGAGAACACAAGUACCUACAUAGGGGAGGACAUCUAUGAUUAUCCCCAGAUCAAAGUGGAUGACGUCUCCCCUUCUCCUACUUCAUCACCGGAAAGAAAGGCGCCUAGUGCAGAAGUCCAAAAGGAAAAGGCUUCUCCUUGCUCAGAAAGUGAAUCAGUAGACAGGAAGAUCUACAGAGCUUUCAGGUGGCUUCAUUAUUCUUAUAUGUCUUAUGCAGCUAAUAAAGAUGGUGAGUCGUCACGAGUUGGAGAGAUUGAAGGGAGACCAGGAACUAGCAGAAAAAUGCAAGGCAGCCAGGAUUCUUGUACUGAAAGCUGCACUAAAGAGACCUGCAAGGAACCCAGCUCAGGCGAACACUCUAGAAAUGGCACAGGGCAUGAAUGUGAUAAUCAGCAACAGCCGGAAGACCAAGAAAGCCUUUCCCAUGAUACUGGAAGCAGAUCUGGGGAGCGUUCUUUUGAGUCCAAAAAGCUCAAUGGGACAGCUGUUUGUAAAGAAAGGUGCACUGAAGAACCAUGCAAUCAAGUGGCAGGAUUUGUUGAACAGAAGAACAGUCAGAACUGUCAGCCAGCUUCCAGCCCCAAUCUUUUGGCUUUUUCUAAGGAUUCAUUUUCCAGUGCUGCCAACUGCAGUGGAUCUGGAAGUUACUCUAGAAACCUGCUGGAUGACAGUGAGGAUAAGAACACUGACCAUUCUUGUGCAAACCACAGUAAUGGCCACUUGCACCCUUGCUCUUCUUACUUCAAUAACGGACAAGGUUUAGGAGAGCAGGAGGCUGGAUCCCAAGGAAGACAGUUGCACGUCAAUGUGGAGAAUGGCGGCCUUGUGCAGACAUGUGCAUCCUCACACAAGGAAUUUUACUUCUCUGCUGCAGACUCUGCCAGUCACAGCAUUAGCACAAAAGAGGAUGUGGCAGAGUCGCAUCCGGCAGACAGUGAUGGCCUGCAAAUUCAUGGACGGCAGAAAAGGCACAGAGCAGAGUUUGAAGACACAGAUUCUGAGAACUCUUCCUCAGAGAAGAAGUUAAAAACAUGAUAAAAGCAACUAUAUAUUCCAAACACACUUUUAAAAAAAAGUAUUAAAGGCAAAUGCAGCCUGGGUCUGAAAUGUUGCAUUUCCGAUUCUCCAUUCCAUUCUCCAGUGGGUCUGUUUUAAAAUGCCAGGGGCUAUGUUGUAUAAAAAUCCAAUCAACUCCUUUAAAAUGAGAUUGGGUGUGUAGUGUAUCCUUACAAGGUUCUGUUAAAGUAAAUCCUUAUUCAGACAGUUGACUUAUUCUUGUGUGAAGUGCGUGGUGUUUGUUCAGCCAGCUACCCAACAUGGCUGUUGUAAAAUUUUAAUUAUUCUUCUGAAGAGGAUUCUUUGCGUGUUGAUACUGUGAGUUGGUAGUCUCAUUGACAGGCGAAAUACGUCCAAUGACAGAAGCUUUUGGAGUACAUUUUCUGUGAAAGAAAACAUGAAGAUUGGAUGCAGACUUUUGAUCCUUUCCUCUGCGCCUCACUUCUUUUUUUAAAAAAAUGGUUUGUCAUGGUUUGAGCACAUCUUCUUAGCUUAAGUAUGUGGAGAUGAAUCCUACAGUAACCUGUACUUUAUUAAAAGUAACCUGAACGCUAAUACAGGAGCUGGGGCAGUUUAGGUUCUAGAGCAAACCAUUAAGGAAAUUGUCAUAACGGCCUGGGCUCUUCCUGUUAGAACUAAACUUCUCACCGAAAGACAGCAAAAGUUGUUGCUGGUUUGGGAGGUAAUUUCCACUCUAGUUGAAAGUUUGUAGUCAUUCUCCUGGAGUAGUGUUGACUCCCUUCUUGUUUGUCUGCUGCCUGCCAAGCAAAAUUGCAGAAUAACUUAUAGCAAAGCUACGUACAUACCUUCUGUCUGCAUUACAAUGUUGACCAUCAAGGACAGUAUGGGUCGGAACAAGGGAGAGAUGCGUAAUGAUAUACCUAACAAACUAACUGUGAGCGUGAAUUGAAUCUUGAGAUUUGAUUCUUUUCUCUGUUUAGACUCCCCUCCUCUUUUUUUGCUUUUUUAAAAAGAAUUGAUCUUAUUUGGAACGGUAGGCCUGGCUUUAGAAAAUCUGGUUUUACAGUGCUGCACUACAGUAUGAAGGUGCAGAUUGAUGUAUGGUUUCCAAUUAAACAAAUAUUUUUGUGUGUAUGGACUAUUUUUUUAAUAUAUAGUAAACCUUAAAAUUGAUAGAGUUAACUUCUCUAUACUGGGCGGGGAGUUGGGGUUGACUUUCCAUUGCAGUUCUAAUGUGAAGUUCCUCUGGAGCACCAACACCAGCUUAAAGGUACAGUGUCCAGGCAAUUUUCACAUUACCUGCUGACAGUGCUAUCCCAGUCAUAUUCACCACUGUGCUCUCCCUUUCCAUGCUGUGAUUUGCAAUGUACUCUUAAAUAGUUCUCCACCUGCCUCUGGAAAAUUAAUACAUUACAAAGUAGACUUAACUGCUGUAUCCCUUAGCACUACCAUAGUGUUUUGGAUUACCAUUUGGUAUAAUUAGUGUGUCUUAAUGGUUGUACUUUAACACUUUGAAAAACUGGGCAUGGAUUGUGCAUUCAGUCUCUCUCCAGUGUAUCCUUUCUCUGAUUUGUGGAGCCAUUUAUGAGAGUGGGACCUGUAUACUUUAAAUCAAAUUUUAAAGCACCAAAACUGUUUACAAAUGUAAACUUAUCAGCCAAAUUUAUGGAUGAAAACCUGGGCUUUCCAGCUGAAUCUCUUACCUGUUUAAUGAGAGCCAAGUUCUACUGAAUUCAGUGGGACUUGCUCCUGGGUAAAUAUGUAUUUGUCAUUUUAAACACAGCAUGAUACAUGAGAAUGAUGAUGUCCAUGGAAGUAUACUGAGUUCACAAGGCAGUCAGCGUUGAAGUAGAAUGGUUAGGAUUAUGAUGUGGAAAUGCUGGUGCUGAUCCAGCCAGAACUUUCUCUUUGAAGCUGAGCAGUCUUUUACUGGGCCUUGAUGUAGACCUGUUCCCUUAGUAGUUUCCUGCUCUACUGCUUUAAAACUCCACUGGAAGAGUAGGAAGAUGUUGGCCUCCAAAUUAAGCCAUGUUGUAUAAUAUGUUGCACAACAUUACUUUUAUGUGUAUUAUAUGCUACCUAUGCUGAUUUGUAAGGGGGGAUAUUACUUGCCAUAGUCUUUUGGUUUUGAAUUAUAAGGGAGUUGCCUUGUGCUGAAUCUAGGGUUGCCAGCUCCUGGUUGGGAAGCACCUGGAGGUUGGAGGUAGAGCCUGGGUGAGUGGGACUUAGGGAGGGGAGGGACCUCAAGAGGGCAUCAUGCCAUGUGCCCACCUUCCAAAGCGGCUGUUUUCCCCAGAAGUGGAAUAAAUGUUCAAAUAAUUAAGCAGUUUAUGGAGUCUGGAGAUCAGUUGUAAUUCCAGGAGAUCUCCAACCCCCACCUGGAGGUUGGCAGCCCUAGCUGAUUAUGUUAUUUGACCCUAACUUUGGCACGUGAUCUGUUUCCCAGGAAGGUGGGAGAAAAUGCACUGCACAAGGCAGUAGUGAAAAAUCUUUGAUUUGCAGUACACAGAAGAUAUGUCCUGUCGUCUCUUGAGCUCCUUUGCCAAGACCAAAAUUCCAUGAGACCAAGCAGUUUUUGCCAGGCAGGUGCAAUCCUAAGAAGAGUAAUAUCCUUCCAAGUCAAUUAAAGUUAAUUGGCAUAAAAGGGUGUAACUCGUCUCUGACUAGGAUUACACUGUGUGAUUUCACUAAUGAGAUUAAUUUUUAAAAAAAUAUUUUUUUAAUAGCAGUUGUGUAUGACUUGUCCCUUUUUUGGCUCUGAUAUGUUCCUCAGGCGGAAAAUGAGAGAAAAUAUUGACCUUCUAAUAGUGGUAAAUUUUGUUUAAUAAAUUGCCAAAUGCAUUCACUACUUCAAUCCCCUCCAAAAGUCAUCUAUAUGUUUGAGAAACUCAAUUAAAAGCCUGAUCUACUAAAAUCUAUAACCAUCCUAAUUUAUAGAUUGUUUUUGCACACACAUCACUAACUCAGUCCCAGAGAAGUAUGUAUUAGUCAUGUGGUUGUUCCAGGGUUCAUGUGAAAGUACCUUUAGAAGAAGUCACAGCAAGGAUUUCUAAAUAAGACAGCUUUUUUUGUUUUGUUUUACUUGUACAAUUAUCUUUGGCUACACUAACUUUAGGCUCAUGUAGAAGUGUGCAAACCCUCAAGUUCCACAGAAUUAAGACACCCACAAACAUGUACUAGUGCUUUUUUAUACUGGCAGUUUGCUGCUGUUGAAGUGGAAUAUUGAGCAAUUUUCAACAAUUUCACCACACACACCCUUCCCCACAUCAUGGCUCAUUCUGAAUCCGGAGUCAGCAUCCUGUGGGUGGGGACAACAGGUGGCAACGGGAAGUUCCAUGUUACAAGCAGGGCUCUAUUUGCAGCUGUUGUCACAACUCUUUUACUUGUUGCAGCUUUGCCAGUUUUAGAAGUUCAUAGAUCACCUAGCUGAGCCUGACAGUACUUAGGAAAUCUUUCUGUCUGGCAACUAGAUUUAUAGUAGAGGGGUGAACAAAUGUGAGGAGAUCUGGUAGAUCUGCCCUCUCCAUAACAUUCUCCUCUGGAACGGUCCUUAAGUAUCACUGACCAUUCUCCUGCCUUACCACUGGAAAGACUGGCUGAAGCAUUCUUCAAAUAGUGCUUGCUGAUUCCUUAAGAGCUAUUGCUUUGAAGCCCAUGCACAGGGCUGCAUUUCCCACCCUACACCAGGCUUUAUGUGGGCUUCCCUAAGUUUCUACCUAGCUUUCAAAAAAAGAAAAUUAAGCACCAGAUAGUUGAAUAAGCCUAAGACCAUUUCCAAUAUGCAAAGCAUUUCCUAACAUCCUGAUUUUACCCUUCCAAAAAUCUCUUGACACAGUCCUGUUAAUAUGAACUAGAUGAAAUAACAGAGGAAUUUGGCUGAGGAAGUGAUAUUUGCAAUGAAUGAGUGAGAGUGAGAGAUCCCCACAUACAUAGGCCAAAAUAAUUUAUCACUUUGUAUAAAAUGCAAGCAGAAAGUAAACCUAUCUAUCAUUCCAGCCCAAUCUUCAAUUGGCUUAGUCUGGAGUAAUACAAAGGGCUGCACUGCCUAAAACUGGAUUCCAUGAGACAUCAAAUGCGGCAAAUAUGCCAUCAACCUGGUCUGAAGUUUACUUAACAUAUGAGUGGUGUGUGCUAAGAUUACUUCUAUGAACCUAGCAUCUGAAACUGCUGGUUCCUCUAUAUUUUCUUUCAGUUCCUGGAGUUUGAAGUUGUGAGCAUAUCACAUGUGUUUGUGAAUCACGAUGGAUAGCUGUGUUAGUCUUUCUGUAGCAAUAGAAAAGUACAACAAUCCAGUAGCACCUUAAAGACUAACAAAAUUUCUGACAGGGUAUGAGCUUUCAUGAAUCACAUAGCAGCUGAUGGAGGGCCAGCUAGCCGCCUCCCGUGAUAACUCUGUCUGGAGGCUGUGGUGGGAUGCUUGGUUCGUAAAAAGUUGACUGAAGUUGAAUCCAUUGAAGAUGGUGGUCCUGUGGCUUGGGGGGGGGGGGGAGCUGAGGGGUGUUUCCAGGAGCCAAAAUUAGACAGAAUAGCUUUAACACCUGCCUCUUCUAUCAAAAACCUGGGUGUGGUUCUGGAGUCCUCUCUUUCCAUGGAGGCCCAGAUCACACAUCCAUAUGUGGUGGCUUUCUUCCAGCUCCACCAGCCAGGCAGUUGGCUCCCUACCUGUUCCGCUUGGACCUUGCGCCAGGGAUCCAUGCAAUGGUCACCUCCAGGCUGCAUUACUAACUCACUCUAUGCAGGCCUACCCUUGAGACUGCUCUGGAAAUUACAACUGUCCCAGAACACAGUGGUGAGGGGUCUUACUGGGACUCGACCUGUGCUCUGACAGCUACACUGGUUACUGGUUGAAUUCCAGGUCAUUUUCAAGGUUUUAGUAUUAGCUUUUAAGGCCAUGAGCAGUCUGGGUCGUUGUAACUGCAGGAUCUCAUAAUGGUUCCAGAGGAUGCUUCGCUUGGCUAGUAGUAACCUUCUGGUAGUCCCUGGCCCUAAGAACAUCUGGCUAGCCUCAACCAAAGCCAGGGCUUUUUCUGCCCUGGUUCUGCCCUAGUGGAAUUCUCUGUCUCCAGAGACCAGGAUCCUGCAGGAUCUAGUUCAGUUCCACAGGGCCUGUAGGACAGAGAUAUUCUACUGAGCCCUUGGUUGAGGCACAGAGGCGUAGCUCCAAGGGAAUGGGGGUGCGACACACCAGGCGCGCGCCCCUGUGGGGUGUGGCGAAGGCUUUCCAGGGCGGGGGUGGAGGAUGCACCAAUGCACCGGGCACUUUCCCCCUUGCUACGCCUCUGUUGAGGCAGCUAUGUUUUUUCCUUCCAACUUGCUGGCCUCGUGACAUUUGUCCCUACCCACCCACCCCCUAUGUCUCUGGAUAUAGUAAAUGUGGAUUAUAAAUAGGGAGGUGUUAUUUGCUGCUGUUUUAGUUAGACUGUGACCCUUGUUGGAACCUAUUGGGUUUUAAAAUGUGUUAAGCCACCAUCAUUGGAAAUUAUUUUAAUAUUUGAUAUUUUGUCAUUCUUGAAUUGUAUACUGCAGUGUUUAUAUUUUAUCCAUGUGUAUAAGCUGCUCUGAGUUUGGCCAUCUGGCUGGGAAGAGCAAGGUAGCAAAUUUAAUGAAAUAAAAUGAAUAAAAUAAGAAAGCUCAUACCCUGACAGAAAUUUUGUUGGUCUUUAAGAUGCUGCUGGGCUCUUGUGCUUUGCUACAUGUGUUGGUGGCAGAAGUGUGUGCUAAAUUUCCUUCUGUUUGCAGAAUAUCACCAAUUUAAGCCAAACUCUAGUCCUGAGAACAAGAAAAUCAACCUCAGAGGGAAGUCAUAAUCUCUCUGUAUUCUGCAGGACACCGUGAUUUGACUUUAAGAUUAGAAUUGCAGCCAAAGCCUACUUUUUAAAUGGUUUCUAAAUAAUUUUAUAGCUUAAAUGAACUACAUAGUCUUAAUGCAACUAUACCCUGAUUUUAAAAGGUGAAAGGCAUUUAAUGUUUGGCAACUUGAAUUUAGGCUGCACCCUCCUCAAUAAAAAAUUAGCAACUGUCUCUGAA